AUGCUCUUGGGAGUCACCUUGGAGCCGCUCCUCAACCUCGCGCCCAAGAAGGUGAACUGGGAUCUCAAGCGCGACAUCGAGCCGCAGAUGAAGAAGCUGCGAGCCGCGACCGACCGCGCCAUCAUCGAUCCCCUUUCCGGCAUCAGGAGGCAGAAACCGCAACCGCGACAGAAUCUGAUAAGGGAGGGGCAGAAUCAGAUCGAGUCAGCAGAACCGGAAAAGUCGAGCGUGGACAGGGUUCUCCAAGACUGGAUGGCGAAGACGAUCAACCCCACCUCCGACCGCAUCUGCCGGCUCAGCGUCGGGCCGUACGCGGGCAGGGAGGAGUUUUCACUCUUCCGUCUGAGUUUCUCCUUCCUGCAGGGCGAGAGACAUCAGCCUCUCUACUUCCAGGGGAACAUCUAUGCCACACGCUAUCCCUAG